ACAGGCCCGGUACUGUACUGUGUGAGGUAACAAGCUGGAUAUGAGCGGGGGCGUCUAUGGCGGAGAUGAGGUUGGAGCUUUGGUAUUUGACAUUGGCUCAUAUUCUGUGCGUGCUGGAUACGCAGGGGAGGACUGUCCAAAGGUAGAUUUUCCCACAACAAUAGGUGUGGUUAUUGACAGGGAAGAUGGCAGCACACCAAUGGAGACAGAUGGAGAUCAAAAUAAAUCAAGAAGCCCAACGUAUUACAUCGAUACCAACUCACUCAGGGUUCCAAGAGAAAAUAUGGAGGCUUUUUCCCCUCUUAAAAAUGGAAUGAUUGAAGACUGGGACAGUUUUCAAGCCAUUAUAGACCAUACAUACAAGACACACAUCAAGUCUGAAACCAAUUUACAUCCAGUUCUGAUGUCUGAGGCAGCGUGGAAUACUAGAGUGAAGCGGGAAAAAUUAACGGAGCUGAUGUUUGAGCACUACAAUAUUCCAGCAUUCUUCCUUUGCAAAACUGCUGUUCUUACAGCAUUUGCAAAUGGCAGAUCUACAGGGCUUAUCUUGGAUAGUGGCUCCACACAUACUACUGCCAUUCCAGUACAUGAUGGAUAUGUACUUCAGCAAGGCAUUGUGAAAUCACCCCUUGCAGGGGACUUUAUUACUAUGCAGUGCAGAGAGUUAUUUCAGGAGAUGACUGUGGAUCUGAUUCCCCCAUAUAUGAUUGCUUCAAAGGAGGCAGUGCGUGAAGGGGCAACACCCAACUGGAAGAGAAAAGAAAAACUACCUCAAGUCACUCGUUCUUGGCAUAAUUAUAUGUGCAACUGUGUUAUCCAGGAUUUCCAGGCAUCCGUUCUUCAAGUUUCAGACUCUACCUAUGAUGAACAAGUGGCUGCUCAGAUGCCAACUGUUCAUUAUGAAUUUCCCAAUGGUUACAACUGUGAUUUUGGAGCAGAGAGAUUAAAAAUUCCAGAGGGCUUAUUUGAUCCUUCCAAUGUUAAGGGGCUGUCUGGUAAUACCAUGCUUGGUGUGAGCCAUGUUGUGACUACAAGUGUUGGAAUGUGCGAUAUUGAUAUUAGACCGGGUUUGUAUGGCAGUGUUAUUGUGGCAGGUGGAAAUACAUUAUUACAGGGAUUUACAGACAGGUUAACGAGAGAACUUUCACAGAAAACGCCACCAAGCAUGAGAUUAAAACUGAUUGCAAAUAACACAACUGUAGAAAGGCGGUUUAGUUCCUGGAUUGGCGGCUCAAUUCUUGCUUCUUUGGGGACAUUUCAGCAGAUGUGGAUUUCAAAACAGGAAUAUGAAGAAGGAGGAAAGCAAUGUGUGGAGAGAAAAUGCCCAUAGUCCUUUCAGAAGGCUUCUCCUUUCUUGUGCCCAUUUCUGAAAUAGCUUUAGCAUACUCAGGAAACAAAUGGACUUUUUUUUGUAGUACUAUCCUUCUAUUUUCAUUUUAACUUUCAGUAGUCAAGUGCAUACAAUAUGUCUCCUUUUUCUAAGCAAUAACCUUCAUUUUAUUUAAGCCUCCCACGAGGUUCUCACUUCCACAAGGUUUCUUAUUAAAUAAAUGCAGUUGCUGCAGGAAAAAAAAAAAAAA